CGUACAUAUUGAAUAAGAUCAUGUACUAAGGCAGCUUCCCAUAAUUUUCCUAAACCAUCAUCAUCAUAAUCCCAUUUUAUAGUUUAUCAAUGGAGUUUGAGGUUUUGAUCAAGAAAACAAGUUUUGUAAAACCAUCAUCAAAAUUAUCAUCAUCACCACAAACCAUUGAAUUGUCUGGAUUGGACAGAAUUUCCCCUGCCAUUCUGAACACUCUCUUCUUUUACAAAAAUAAUUCAAAAAUAGAAAAAGAUGAUGAUGAUGAUGAUGUUGAAAGAGUAGUUAUAAGAGGUCUUGAAAGGGUUUUGGUGAGUUGGUUUCCAGCAGCUGGGAGACUUGGAAUUAAUGAGAAAAAAGGGAAUAAGCUUGAGAUCAAUUGUAAUGAUGAAGGGGUUCUUUUGGUAAUUGCACACACUUCUUCUAAGCUUCAAGAUUUUGGUGAUCAUCAACUCCAUCAAUACAACCCUUCUUAUGAGAAACUUGUUCCUCACUUUCCUCACAACCCUCCAAAAAUAUCACAAAAUCCACUCGUUGCUUUGCAGAUAACAAAGUUCUCAUGUGGAGGAAUUUGCAUUGGUUUUGGAGGAAGCCACUCCUUGUUUGAUGGAUUUGGAGCCUUCAAUUUCUUAGCCUCAUGGGCUCAAAUUUCAAGAGCCAAACAUCAUGAUCAUGAUGAUGAUGACCUAAUCAAUAACAAUAUUAAUCUUCCAAACCAUUCAAGACAAAAGCUUUUUGAUGUCAUAAAUAAUAUUAAUAAUAAUAAUAAUCAUCUUACUAUAUCUUCUUCUUCAUCAUCAUCAAUAUAUGAACAACAACAUAUUGGGGCAAUCCAAGACCUGUAUGGAAUCCCCAUGCGAGCUAUGGCGGCCAAUGACACGUGCUGGGAGUCAGAGCUCGCCAAGCUCGGCCAAUCAGCUGAAAGCCGAGGCAUUCAGCUUCUUACUCUGUCCAUAGAGAAAGAAGCUGUUGAGAGGUUGAAAGGUGUGAUUGUUCAAAGUGGAAAACUCUCUAAGUGCUCUACCUUUGAUCUUCUUUGUGCUCAUGUUUGGAAGGCUAGAGUGAAGGCUCUUUCCCUAGAACCAAACACAAAAAUAUGCCUACAAUUCCCAGUAAACUGCCGAAACCGGCUCCAACCGCCUCUAGGCUCCGAUUUCACAGGCAACGCCUUCGUCCUGGCCUCGGUCUCCUCGACCGCCAAACAACUGACCGAAGAGCCAUUGGAAGAAACCAUCGGGAAAAUCCAAGGUGCAAAAGAAGUACUGAACAAUGAUUACAUUAAGGAGUACGUGAAAGCCCUAGAAAACUCAUCAGACAAGUUCUUGCCUUCAAUGAGAGAAUUAACCAUAGUCAGUGAUUGGCUCAAGUUCCCUUUUGGGGCUUUGGAUUUCGGUUGGAGAAAUAAUGAGAUGAUCCUGUGUGGUGCAGCCUUGGUAGGGACUCCUGUUCCUGAAGCUUGUUUUCUCAUGCCUGACCUUGACCAAGAUCGACCUGGUGAUUUCUUGGUUAGGAUUGGGAUUAAUGGAGAGGACAACAUUAUUGCUGAUUUUAUCACCAACUUUAAAACUUAUUUCAAUUAGUAUAUAUAUAUAUACUUCUCAUGAUUUUAUGAUGAUAUAUUGUGUACGUGUGUAAUAAUUAAUAAUAUUAAUAUAUAUAUUUGUACGUGUGUACUUAUAUAUAUGUACUAUAUAUAUCUAUUAUAUAUGAUGAGUGAUGUGUGUGUGUGUGUGAAUGUAAUAUAUAUAUAGUGUGUGAAUUACUCGAUCAAAACUUUGUUUGUGAUUGUUUGGCUUAAAUAUAUAUAUGAAAUAAUGAAAGUAUA